GCCAAGCACCACCACCCAUCGAGGCUCGAAUAAGAACCAAUACAAGGUCUGAUACGUCGUAUUUCACUAUAAACACGAUUCCUAUAUUCUCUUUAAGGCAACUUCAUAAAGGCGCAACACCGAGAUCGCUCACCUAAGAUUCCCCUUCAUCUUUGAACAAUCUGCUUAAAUCCGCCGCUCAAUCACUUAGCUUGCGACCGCCGACACCAAUUAAUCACCUGUUAGGAUACCAGGUGUAGCAGCCCAAAAAAACAAAACCCAAAAAAAAAAAGCACAAACCCACUCGAAUACGUUUCAAGCAGUUCUAUCAUCGUCAAUCUUUAAGAUGGGGUUCACUGCCGUUGUUAAUGGCAAUGGCCAGGAGUCUUACCCUGAGUCCAGGGUCCUUAUCAUUAUUACAGGCGGAACGAUAUGCAUGCAACCUUCAGCGGACGGUUCAGGACUGGUUCCAGUGGUCGGUUUCCUUGAGAGUGCCAUGGCUCCGAGACCGUCUUUCAAUGAUAGGUCUGAACGAGUGAAAUUGACCGCCAUCAAGGAUGGGGAGAAGGUCGAACUUGAUAGUCUGCGCACACCACCUAGCUCAUACUCGCGGCACAUUCGAUAUGGAGCCCUCGAGUUCUCGCCAUUACUAGACUCAUCCAGCAUCAGCUCGGAGGGUUGGUCACAAAUUGCGACCACCGUCAAGGAAAAUUACCACCUUUUCGACGGCUUCGUGGUUCUCCAUGGAACAGACUCCCUAGCUUACAGCGCAUCUGCGCUCUCCUUCAUGAUGGAAGAUCUCGGAAAGCCAGUUAUUCUUACCGGCUCGCAAGCAUCCAUCUUCGCUCUACAGUCUGACGCAGUGGACAACCUCCUGGGCUCGCUGAUCGUUGCAGGGACCUUCGUGAUCCCCGAGGUCUGCCUCUUCUUUCACCACACCCUGUUCCGAGGCAAUCGAACGACCAAGGUCUCGGCGUCUCAAUUCCAAGCCUUUGACAGCCCCAACUGCGAGCCCCUGGCUAAGGUGACCAGCAUCGGUAUUGAUGUGAACUGGUCACUGGUCCAGAGACCGACAAAGAUCGCUCAGUUCAAGGUAACGCCAUACCUAGACACGGCGCACGUGGCUUGCGUGCGAAUCUUCCCUGGCAUCAAGCCCGAGAUGAUCAAUUUCAUCUCCAAUAUUCCAGACCUCAAGGGCCUGAUCCUCGAGACCUUCGGCAUGGGCAACGCGCCCUCUGGCGUCGACGGCUCGCUCACAAAGGCGAUCCGGUCCGCGGUCGAGCGUGGCAUCACCGUCGUCAACGUGUCGCAGUGCACCAACGGCUUCGUGUCGCCGCUUUACGCGCCGGGCUUCGCGCUCGGCAAGGCCGGCGUCGUCUUCGGGCACGACCUGACCUCCGAGGCCGCCCUGACCAAGCUGGGCUACCUCCUGACGCUCAAGAUCGAGCCUGCCGAGGUCGCCUCCCUCAUGUCGCAGUCCCUUCGCGGCGAGCUAACCGAGCUCGCCGUCCCGGCCUUCUCCCAUCCCGUCAGGGAGGAGAGCAACCCCCUGCUGUCGGGCGCCGAGGCCGCUUUCACCCUCCUGGGCUACGCCAUCGCCAACGGCGACCUGAAGGCCGUCAGGGACCUCCUCGAGGGCGAUGAGCUCAACCACCGCCUUCUGGUCCGCGCUGACUACGCCGGGAACACCCCCAUGCACCUCGCCGCCGUCGGCCCCAGCAAGGACGUCCUCAAGGAGCUGCUGUUGAGGGGCACCAGCGUCCACGAGCGCAACCGCGCCAACAACACCCCCCUGUUCCUAGCCAUCAAGAGCGAGAGGCAGGAGUUUGCCGAGCUGCUAAGGGCCGCAGGCGCCGCGCUGUGGUGGGAGGAAGGCGGUGCGUCGAGGACCGGGUCGCCGAAGGCGAAAUAGGGGCCCGGACUUGAUGGUAUGGUCUAAAAGGGGUUUCUUUGCGUUUUCGUCUGCUCUUUGUCGUCGUUGUUGUUGUUGUUGUUGCGAAUGAAUUGGUAGCGAUAUAUAGACUUGAACUAUAAAGAUGAUUUACAAACGGUUAUUACUCUCGGCUUUAAUCUUUCCAUGGUGUUGGGAGGAGUAGGGUGAAGAUGAAUGCCGACUUUACCUGGCGUUGUGUGGGAAGAUGCAAGUCUAUCUAUGUAUGGAUGA